GACGUGAGGUGUGUCGUUUAAAAGGUCGACCUUCCCGAUUGUCGGGACAUCGAGGUACGCCGCACCUCCUCGGCCGUGGCGGCGCGGACAGCGUGUCGCGUCUGCGCGGUCGGCUGCGGCGGAGGUCACACACGGGCGGGUGUUUUCCGAAGGCGCUGUAUACAGCCUCCAUGUACUUUUAUGGUAGAACUGUUUAGAUGAACAUAUAAUACAAAAUUGAAUUACGCUCUUAAACCAAAUUUAAAACAAAUUUAAAAGAAGGUAGUGGUUAAUAAUAUCAUACACAACGAAGAACUUUGAAAAGAAAAUUCCUUCUUGCAUACGCCUCGGGGUUUAUAUAUCAAGAGGAUAAAGAAUAGUUGUUUAGAACUGACUAUUCCGGGAAUCCUUGAUAUGAUUUCUUGGACAUUCGCCAUUGCAUUUUUUCACCGUUUUUCGCUCGCUCAAAUAUCGUCGUUGUCCUUUGCACGACGAGAAGACUGGGUGCCAGUUCAGAGCGUUGCGCUCAGAGGCUGUACCGCGCUAGAAGCACUAGCGAGCGUCGCUUCUACCAACUCGCCCCUCUCCCCCCCCCCCCUCCCCCCCGUUUUAUCACAUAAACAUCACUGGCUAAGCGUUCUACUUAAUUUAUUUCGAUAAAAUGUCACGCAUGUGUUGAUACUGGUCGCUCGACUGACAUUUCACAGCUCGCAAAUAACGUUUAGUAACUAUUUGGUGACAUAAUUUGCUGCCGAACAUCAACGCGCUGUCUUGAUAAAUUUACAGGAAUAAUCCUUAAAUAAUAGUGUUUACAAGGAAAUUAAAUAACAGAUUUGACGUAUGAUACCGAGCCUUAAAUGCACUACAAAAUAUUUACAGCAAGCUUUGGCUGGAUAUUUAAAUCAGAAAUCCGAGUUGGUGGGAAUUGUACUACUUAUUGCAGCGUGCUUUUCCGUGAUGAUUAGAGACCUGAAAAAUUCGCGGAUUCAUUUAGUGUUAUGCUAAAAUUCCAAUAAUUAUACCUCAGUAAUGCUUCUGCCAUUGGUUCACUGUUAAUCUGGAGGACUAAGGGCCAAUUAGAGACCCUCACUCAUACAAGUGUUGAAUCACAGUCCACCCAGUCGAGACGACUCACAAGUCAGCAGCCAAUGUACAGGUGGCAUUUGCCCGAGUGUGUAGAGGAUAUUGGAGUCUAUCCUGAAGGUCAUUAAACCUGCGAAUUUUUCCGUUCUCUAGUGAUGAUAGACCAACUUUGUAGAAGUUACACAUUGGCAUUUCUGUUCAGAAAUCAUUUCAUACAUCCCCAAAUAUAUAAAAGCGCGACAUAAAGGUAUCAAGUGACGUAACAAAGAUACUUAAGCCGUAAAAAAAAACACUAGAAAUAUAUGGAUUUGCAAAUUCAAAAAAAUCCCGAAGGUACACGAAGACAAGUAUCCGGGCGUGUACGAUAGUAUUUGUGAACUGUGUUUCCCUCGUGCCGCCUUCGCAGCGACUGGUUGGCAACACUGCUCCCGCGAGGAAUUCGGUUCUGGUGCGGGCGAACACGUGCGUGUGCGAGGAGCGGGGAAGCCUACAACUCACGUAGUUUCGGUUCCCUGCAAGAAUUUCCGAAGAUUUCCGAAGUUUUGCGUUUUGGUACUAACGCCACUUCAGCCGCUAAAUCAGAAGUUUCCAAUGAAAACAAGCAUGUUGUGACUGACCUAACCUAACCCUGAGAUUUUUUUAAUUUCAAUUUUUGAGAGAAAUCCGAAGUUGCACGAACGUGGUAGGGAACCGAAACUCCGUGAGUUGUAGGCUUCCCGAGCGAGCGUGUGUGGCUCUGGCAAACUUCCGCCCCGCGGGGGGUGAAGCUUCCUCCCACCCCUUGACACGGGAAAGGGGGGGGGGUAAACCAGACGCGCCAGGAAUUCCGCGCAUAGCUUCGUUUCCCCACUCCCCCACUCCAUGUGCCUUUUCGCUCGGAUGUCGCAACACACUCGCUGCCAGCCAAGGCCCGAGGCGUCCCUGCCUGUGACGCCACCGGCCCCAUUAGACAGUCUCGUUCACCCCCCGACCCACGAGUCCCGGCCGGCUUUGUGUGUUCGCGGUACAGUUUUAAGGGGGGUUCAUUACGCUCCAGGUCAUGAGUUCAUAUUUGGAUGGUGUUAUGCACAAAUGAGUUAACCAACAAAAGGAACAAAAAAAGUUAUUGAAAUAACUGUGUAGGUAAAAUGACACUUUUAAUUGAGCUAAAUUUUUUUAACCGACAUUCCUUGCUACUAUGCCAUCUUGCGACCAAACAUUCAACGCACUGCCAGAUUGUGUGUUCAACUUUGAGCUCAAUUUACUCCGUUGAAAAUGUUUGUGGGUUGAAACAUUUUUACAUAACACCGUCCAUUUACGUUUAACACGGUUGAAACAUUUAGUUUUUUCUUUGUGGCCGAACUUCAAAAACAAUAUAUAUCGCAUAAGCUCUGCAUAAUUAGCUGGCAUAGUUUAAUUUUUAAUAUAUUUUUGCAGUAUGGAUAAGGAGAACAAAAUUGAAUAAAUAAUUGAAAUUGUUGGGUUUAAAGGCAAUGCUGGUGUAUACUGCGUUGUAUUUUUUAAAAUUCUUUAAGAAAAAUCUAUUUAACCUUUAAAAUCAUAAAAUUUAAAGGAUUCAAAAAGGCUAUGUAAAAAUAAAUCUUUUUUCUGAUUGAAACUAAACCAUAUCGCACAGUAUCAAGUAAACUUAAUUUAAACCUAAAAAAAAAAGUUUCCGUUUUACAUUCAGUUUCAUUUUCCUUAGAUUCUGUUGACAGUUUUAUUGCAAUUUUAGUCCUUGCCAGUGGCUAUACAGGGGAUUUGUAGCAGACUGGCACUUUUAACUUGAGAAGUUUCCUUAAUUUUUCAAUUUAAUUCUUCUCUACCUUGUAAAUUUUUCUGUUGUGUUCUAUAGCAAUAAGAUUGCGUUUUCGUUUAAAUUCUCAAGACUAACACACAAGAGUUUAUUUAUUUAUUUAUUUAUUUAUUUAUUUAUUUAUCGUCUUUGUUGGUGGAGAAGUUAAGGCCUUCUCUUGCACUUAACCACUUUUCUGCAAUUACAUCAAAGAGUUUAAUAUUAAAAACUAAGCAUGAUAUAGACUAAAUAUUAAGCGAACAAAUUAAAAUUUUAACUUAAUUUUUAAAUAUUAACUAUUGCAAAAGAUUAUACCAUAACUAAUUUAAAUUAAUUAAAAACUAAGCAUAGCCAUACAUACAAACAAACAAAGGAAAGUAAUUAAACAUACAGCAAAUAGUAUUUAAAAAAAAUAGGAGCUACUACAUUAAAACCAGUCACUCGCACAUUCACACACAGAAUCAAGCAGUAGGGUAGCAGCGAAGUGGUCAUGGUAAGCAGUUGUUACAAAGAUAUUUUUUCAGCCUGUACUUAAAGGAUGCUAGAUUUUUUGUUUGCCUUGUCGCUUGGUCUAGUUUAUUCCAGAGCCUGCUACUCACGGUUGCAAAAGAUCCCGACAGACAUUUGGAUGAGUGCACUGGGUAGAUAGCAUUGGGUUGCGUGUGGAUCGCGUGUCAUGGCUAUGGUAACUAUGUAGGUAAUUAAUACUGGCUGACAUAUAAUGAGGUGAUACCUGCUGCAGCACUUUAUAAGCAAGGAUAAGUAUGUGCAUUUUGCGUCUUUGUGCGAGAGUGAGCCAUUUUAACUGCUGGUAGUAUUGGGUUAGAUGAUCACGUAAUUUAAGGUUAAAAAUGUAUCUUAGGCAACAGUUUUGGAGCUUCUGUAGUCGCUUAGCUAGUUUAUCAGUUAGAUCAGGAAAGAGGACAUCGCAGUAAUCAAAGUGGGGCAUAAUUAAUGUUUGAACAAGCAUGGUUUUAAUACUAAGGGCCGGUUUCACCAGUCGAGUUGAAAAUCCCGAUGAUGUUAUCGAGAUAAAAAGUUAAUCUUCCAUUUCUAUCUCGAUAAAGUUAUAUGUGUUUCACCACAUAUUAUCUUUCUCUGAGAAAAUCGAGAUAAGUUUAACUCGAUCUUCUGAAAUUAUCGCGAUUUUCUGUUUGUAAACACCUUUCGUUAUCAAAGUUUGGCUAGAAAUUUCGUAGGCUACUAUGGCGAGCCAAGGCUGUAAUUUGUCAAAGAAGCAGAGAAAUAAAAAUACAUCGCAGCAGGAGAAAUACAUUCUUUUAGAUUUAGUAACUGAACAUUUCAAUAUCAUUGAAAAUAAAAAAACAGAUGGUGUUUCACAGCAACAAAAAAUGAAGCAGUGGCAAAUACUUGCAGAUACUUUCAAUUGUAUGUCUGGAGAACAUCACAGGACUGCAGAAAAUUUAAAAGCGGUGUGGGAGAAUCUCAAAAAGCACACGCGAAAGACUUCUGCUGAUCAACGAGUUCAAGUAUUAACUGGAACAGGUGGAGGUCCUUCAAAAACAGUUAGUAAGGAUCCCAUUUGUGAGAGAGUGCAGAGCCUAAUCAAACCGACUAUCGAUGGUGCCAAGAAUCCCUUCGAUUCAGAUUCAGAUGCAAUAAUAUUACCAUUUGAUGCAUCAAAUAGGCCUACUGAUGAGGAUGACAGCAUUCAACUGGAUGUCGGAGCAGAAGUGGAUGUUUCUUUCGUGGAGACGGCAGAGACAGUAACUCUUCCAAAUGGCGACUGGACGCAUUAUACUCCAGCCAUGCUCAGCAGUCCUGUGUGUUCUGCCCUUCGACACUCCAAUAACAACUCGGCUAUCACAAACACAGUGCAGACCAAUACUACUGAUUCAUGCAGUGCAAGUAGUGGGAAGGCAAUGCCUCCUAGCAGUAGGGGAAAUGCUUCAGUGCAAUCUCCCUUUACUAGCAAGCGGCGACCAACCCCGGCCACCAAAGUGAAAGAAGUAAGUGCUGUCAAUGCAGCAAAAAUCGAACUAAUUGAACUUGCAAAAAAACAUGCAAUCGAGGAAAAAGAAGUUAUGAAAGAAAUCUGGGAACUGCGGUUACAACAAGAACGAGAAAAAGUAAAGCAGGAAAAGCUGCAAACUGAACUUUUAUCUUUACAAAUCUUGAAAAUAAAGAAAGAACUAGAACAUUUGCAGUAAUUUAAUUGUUCUUAUGUAUUAAACAUUUGCUCAACUAUCAUGACAUAAUUGUUAUAUAUUACAUGUAUAUUUACAAAGUGAUAUUCAUUGUGCCUAUUAACAAACAGUUUCAAGUACAAAUGUUAAGAAUUAUAUAAAA